AUGAACGGAGAUGUGGCGGAAGUUACAAAUGCACUAGCGAACCCGCAUCUGUUUCAAGAGCAUUCUUUCAUGCAGUCGUUGGAUUUGGAGGCUAUGCAUACACCGAAGUUUUUCCAAUAUAUGAAUGUAGCAGAGCUUCCUGUUGUGGUAGAUGGUGAAUUCACGGUGGGAAUAGAAUUCAAUUCGAGGAAGGCAGUAACCAAGGCAAUGAAAGAUUAUACCAUCCGUAGAGGUGUAGACUAUCAGGUGUAUGAGUCAAAACCGACGACAUUCUAUGCUAAAUGUACACAAUAUGGCACAGGUUGUGAUUGGCUGAUCAGAGUUACCAAAAUGCAGAAGAAGUAUUGCUGGGAGAUGCAAAGGUACAAUGGUAGUCACACUUGUACCCGAUCUAUUAUUUCUCAAGACCAUUCGAAACUGGAUUCCAAGAUAGUUGCAGAAGCAAUUAAGCCGUUCGUAGAGGUUGACUCAUCUAUAAAGGUGAAAUCAGUCAUUGCAGAAGUACAGUCGAAGUUUAACUACACCGUCAGUUAUCGCAAAGCAUGGUUAGCAAAGCAGAAGGCGAUGGAGUCAAUUUUCAGAGGUUGGGAAGCAUCGUACGAAGCUUUGCCUAUAUGGUUUGAGGCCAUGUGUCACAAGGAGCCUUCAGUAGUGGUUCACUUUGAAACAAUGCCUACAUACCAGGGGGAUGAUUUGGUUCGUGAUAUUUGUGUACUACAUCGAGUCUUCUGGAGUUAUUACCCUUGUAUUAGGGCCUUCAGACACUACAAGCCAGUAGUGCAGGUGAACGUGACUCACUUGUAUGAAAAAUACAAGGGUUGUUUGUUGGUUGCAGUCUCACAAAAUGGCAAUAUCAAUAUCGUGCCUAUUGCAUUUGCCAUAGUAGAGGGAGAGACUUCUGACGACUUAUCUUUGAUCGACACGAUUCUAUCAGGUCAGCUAUUGCUCGUAGUAAUGGGGCUUGGUCUCCUCCUAGAGCUUUCCAUAUGUUUUGUAUCCGUCAUAUUAAGUCAAACUUCUAGAGGAAGUUCAAGACACCUUACCUGCAGAAGCUUAUCGUCAAUAUUGGAGUACCAGAUGUGCUAUCAACGAUUACGCAAACAGGGUGAGGCUUACACGUACUGGCUUGACCGGAUCCCACAUGAGCAGUAUGCUUUGGCAUUUGAUGGUAGAUACCGAUGGGGUCAUAUGACCACCAAUCUUGUGGAGUGCAUCAACUCCGUCUUAAAGGGGGAACGCAAUUUCCCAGUCACUGCGCUUGUUAAGGCUACAUUUUACAGACUGAAUGAGUUGUUCACUAGGAAAAGAGCCGAGGCUGAGGCUCGAAUUAAUGCUGGGCAUGUGUUCUCUGAGCUGUUGACCUACGCCGACAAUGGUGCAACUGUGAUGAAUUCCAGGUUAACCGAAUUUUGUGUCGACACGUAUUUGCUUGUUGUGCAAACCAGCGGUUGGAUUGGUAAGUGUACGUUCAUGACGUAUCCAAGACGGACCAAGUUCGAAGAACGGGUAGCCAAAGGUUGGCCUAAGAUGACCUACUUCUUGAAUGAGAUGGACACUUGUAUGUUGCGUGGUCCUAGGCGAUGCAAGCAAUGCGGUGCCGAGGGCCACAACCAUAGUAGAUGUCGUCAAAGUGGUGGUCCAAGUGCGGGUCCAGCUGGAGAGUAG